GGAAAUCGUGUUGGGAUCGCUGGAUCGCGGGGCUGCUGCCAGCGCUGGCGAGGAAUCGUUCCUGCUCCUGCCGCUGUGGAAUGUGAGCCAUGGUGGGGCCGAAUCGCAGGAGAUCGGAGAUGUGUCGUUGCGCAAGAUCACGGUGCUGUCCGGCGCUUUGGCUUCCAAGUAGCAGUAGCAGCAGUGACGGCGGUCUUCUAUUCUCCGGCCUAGUGAACGACCGGGUAGUCCAGGAUCAGGAGCUCAGGAAUUUGCUCAAGCAAAAGUCCAGGGGAAUCAGUCGAAGACUUGUGAGCACUGUUCUACGAUGGUCUGUCAGUGUCGGGUUUUGGGAUCCAGUUGCGACGCUUUUGGAGUGUGGAUUGGUUUCUUCCAACGAGAAUCCAGAGAUCAUCGACAGGAUUGUGGAAGAUGGCAACGUACCGCUGGUUCUUCUCUGCGUUCUUUCCGUCCGUGACAUUCGUCCUUCCCAGUGGUUGGAGAUACUGAAACUCUUUCUCGCCAACAGCAAGAAGUUUGCCAAGUUCUUCCAGCUCCAGCGGCAAGUUUGGCAUGAACUCGUCUCCAACCACAUCCAGGACGCUGUGAGGCUUCGAGGGGAGAUCUCCGCGGAUGGAAACCAAACCGAGGAGUUCCUAGCUCGUAAAAGGGAAGAACUGGCGCUCAAUGUGGCAGCUUGCGUCAACCUGGCUGUUGCUUUCGACAGAUUCACAGCGUCCGAGCUGUGCCUCCACAUCUUUCUCAGCGCCGACCACGAUGAAGCUGUUCUAACCGCCAUAGUCUCGGAAGAGCUGGACACCUCUCAAGUUUCGAUACUUCUUCGUUACCUCAACAAGUGGCUGGAAGUUUUCUCCUCGAAGAUGAUCCACGCUCGGGAGAUGGAUCAAAGCUUGGUACCGUCGCUGCAAACAAUCAUCCGCUGGAUCUCGACGAUUCUAGAGAUCCGAUACGCGAGUCUGGUGAUAGCACGCGACUUGAGCAAAGAUCUGGGAGAGACGGCGGGUCUGGUGAGCUCACUACUGGCCGUGGGUGGAAAAAUGCGAAGCAUGGAGGGUGUGCUCCAGCAUUUGAUCUCGCGAACAGCGCUUCCCGGCGAGAAGCUGGGAGUUCAAAGCUCGGAGCACAUAAUCGAGUACCUGGAGAUCAGCUAGACAAGUUCUUGCGAGUGAGUUUUCUUUUCUUUCUUUCUUCUUUUCAUCAAAUUUUGUCUACGAGGAUUUCUCGAGUUCUUCCUAUAGCUGCGAGGAUUUUACCCAGUUCUCUCGAGCUCUCUUCACGGCUGCCCGGGCUUUGAUCACUUCGGCCUCGGAAAAUUGGAGUUCUUUGAUUCCCAGAGGCCCGGGCUUGAGCACAUCCAUCACUCCUUGGAGCUCGCCUUCGCGUUGUCUGGAAAAAUAAAAGAUCUUUCAUCAAUCCAUGGAAGAACAUCAUCGCUACCCAAAA